AUGGAAGAGAAGUUCAAGGGAACUUUGAGCGGCAAGCUUCGUGCAUGUCUAGGGUGCUCGCAAAUAAAGACGCUAAAUGGGUUUAGGAAGGACGGGUGUGAGAACUGUCCAAUGCUGAAUAUGAAAGGGAAUGUCACGAACGUUAGCGAGUGCACCUCUAGUAAGUUCAAAGGAGUCGUGGCACUUCUGCAGCCGUCCAACAGCUGGGUAGGAAAGUGGCAGAGGAUAGGAGAGUUUAGGAAGGGACUCUAUGCAAUGGUUGUGGAGGGAGCUCUUUCUGAGGACUUCAUCAAAGACCUUGAGCAGCAUGGAAGGAUAUACUAUGAAAGGACAGAAUCUUUUACGCUGUGA